AUGAAUACGCAAUCACCGGACCCUCCAGUUCCGACGUUGUCCCCACGGUUCGCGCUUACGUCCAGUUCGCAGCGGAAAAUCGCGAUUGCGGUGGAUCUGAGCGACGAGAGCGCUCACGCAGUGCGGUGGGCCGUGCAGAACUACCUCCGACCGGGGAACGCGGUCAUCCUGCUGCACGUGCGUCCCACGAGCGUCCUGUACGGCGCGGACUGGGGGUCGAUGGAUCUGAGCGUGGCGGAGGAGGGCGGCACCGGUGGUGAUGAGGAGUCGCGGCGGAAGCUGGAAGAUGAUUUCGACAACUUCACCAAGGCGAGCGACUUGGCCCAGCCGCUCGUGGAGGCGCAAAUACCGUUCAAGAUCCACAUUGUGAAGGACCACGACAUGAAGGAGGAGAAGCAGUUUCACCCUCAAAUUCGAAAUUAG